UCCUUCAGACACAGCGGAUCACCGAUCCACGGAAAGUUCCGAAGAUGUCGGCUCAGUCAUGUGAUCAGCUGUGUCCAAUCACAGCUGAUCACAUAUCAUCAGAGCACUGAUGAUCAGUGUGCCCUGAUGAUCUGUGUAGCCCCAGUAGCGCCACCUGUCAGUGUCCAUCAGUGCCAGGUCUCAAUGCUCAUCCAUGCCACCUGCCAGUGCCCAUCAGUGCCACAUCAGAGCCACAUUUCAGUGCCCAUCAGUGCCACAUCAAUGCCACAGAUAAGUGCCCAUCUGAGCUGCCUUUCAGUGUCACCCAUCAGUGCCAGUCAGUGCCGCCUAUCAGUGCCGCCUAUCAGUGUGCAUCAGUGCUGUCUAUCAGUGCUGCCUAACAGU